UAGUGGUGCACAGCACACGCAACAACCAUUGCGGUGGCACGUGCAUACACCGCUGCACACCUGCCCGGGUCACCCACUUACCAGUCGAAGCAGACGCACCGCAGGACAGGCUUGUCGGACACCGCCUCCCUCACAUCGUGGCCGACAGCCGCCUUGUCAUGACACGGAGUGGGGUGCGGAGAGGGAGGGGCGCGGUCGGUCUGCACUGAUGCCGCCGGUCGGAGGCCGAAUGGUGCAGUGGCUGGGGAGGGAAAGUGGGGCCGCUGCUGGGUGUCUCGCUCGUAGUAGAGCUGGCCUUCGUGUGUGGGCUGCUGUGACCAACGGGUCUGCCGGAUGGCCUCGCCCGUCAAUCGCCGAGUGACCAACGGGUCUGCCGGAUGGCCUCGCCCGUCAAUCGCCCGAGUGACUAAGGCCCACAGGCGGAUUGCUUGCAUGCGGCCCGGCAUCUACAGCGCGGAGACGGCACUCCCGUGGCCUGACACAACCACUCCCAC